AUGACUACCCUAAACGUGAUAAGUUUGUUUUUUUCUUCGAUAUGGGUAUCAUCUGCCUUCUGCUUACUGCGCUACAGACGAACAAGUGGGGAAUUUUUUUUUUUCGGUUCUUCCUUUUCCUUCUCGAAAAAAAGCUUAAAUGUUUCAAAGACAAAAAGGAAAGCUACACCAAACCAGCGUAGAAGCCCACCGCUGCAGAGACGGAGGCGCAGGCCCGUGGCCAAUAUACGUAACAAGUUACUCAGGGCGGAUCAUUUCACGUCAUACGUAGGCGCGGAUAUGCACCAAUCUGCAAAUCUCGCAGCCCAGCGCGAGCCAAAACCAGAACGGGCCCUCGGUGCUAAGCCGGCCCGCCCGUUGUUGACGCACAGAUCUAUGCGCAGGCUUUCUCGGGCGGUCCACGGAGUAUUUCCGUUCACCCAAAAGACAGGAAGAAGGGGGGGGGGAACAAGCCAGGGGUAA